AUGAAAAACCGAACCUUUUUGACAGAAUUCAUUCUGCUGGGACUAUCAGACAUCCCGGAGAUCCAACUUGUAAUCUUUAUAUUUCUCUUCCUCACGUACCUGCUUACCAUCUUUGGAAACCUGACAAUCAUCACUCUUACUCUACUCGAUUCCCACCUCCAGACUCCCAUGUAUUUCUUCCUCCGGAAUUUCUCCUUCUUAGAAAUUUCCUUUACGACCACUUUUACUCCCAGGCUGCUGUUCAGCAUCACAACUGGAAACAAGAGCAUCAGCUUUGCUGGCUGCUUCACUCAGUAUUUCUUUGCCAUCUUCUUCGGAGCCACAGAGUUUUACCUUCUGGCUGCCAUGUCCUAUGACCGCUAUGUGGCCAUAUGCAAACCCCUGCAUUACAUGACCAUCAUGAGCAGCAGAGUCUGCAUCCAGCUGGUCCUCUGCUCUUGGGUGGCUGGAUUUCUCAUCAUCAUAUCCCCAGUCAUUCUGACCAGUCAGCUUGAUUUCUGUGCCUCCAACAUAGUGUAA